UUUAACUUAGUCUAAAAAACAUGAGUAAAAGAUUACAAAAGAUCCAAAAGCAAAGACAAUUUUUAUUUCCCAAAGAACAACAGAACAGUAUCUAAUAGCCAACUCCAACCCCAACAAUGGUCCUUGCUGUUGGCAUUUGCUUAACCAGUCUUUAAAUUCCUGUUUGACAAACUUGAUAAGGCACUUACUACAAGGCGGAUGAUUUUUCACCAUCUACCAUAAUGUGGAACAGACAUUCUGUCUUUUAUCUCCUGCUCUUGCCAGCUUUUAUGAGUCAAACAAUAUAUGGACAAAGAAAGAAAGGAUCAAAGUCCAACUUACUUGCAAAGAAAAGUCAUCUCCAGGACUCUACUUGCUUCAUAGAUGUUGUCUUCAUCGUGGACAGCUCUGAAAGUUCUAAACUCUUUCUCUUUGACAAACAGAAGGAUUUUGUGGAUAGUUUGAGUGACAGGGUUUUCCAGUUGACCCCAGCUGGCUCCUUGAAAUAUGACAUCAAACUGGCAGCCCUUCAGUUCAGCAGCUCUGUCCAAAUUGAUCCACCUUUUUCUUCUUGGAAGGAUCUACAGUCUUUUCAACAGAGGGUCAAGUCUAUGAAUUUCAUUGGGCAAGGUACUUUCUCUUAUUAUGCCAUCUCCAACGCCACUCACCUGCUUAAGAGAGAAGGGCGUCAAGAUGGCGUGAAAGUGGCUUUGCUGAUGACUGAUGGCAUCGACCAUCCAAAGAAUCCAGAUGUUCGAAGUAUUUCUGAAGAUGCCAGAACUGCAGGAAUAUUAUUUAUCACCAUUGGACUGUCUCCUGUAGUCAAUGAAACCAAACUUCAUCUGAUAUCUGGGGAUUCACCCAAUGAACCCAUUCUACUGUUGAAUGAGUCAUCCCUUGUAGAUAAAAUUCAGGAUCGCCUGGAUGUCUUAUUUGAAAAGAAGUGUGAACGCAAGAUCUGUGAAUGUGAGAAGGGGGAUCCGGGCGACCCAGGGCCUCCUGGAACACAUGGAAACCCAGGUAUCAAAGGUGAGCGAGGACCAAAAGGAAACCCGGGCGAUACUCAAAAAGGGGAACCUGGAGAAAGAGGCCCCGGGGGGAUUCCUGGGUACAAGGGUGAGAAGGGUGAACGUGGAGAAUGCGGUAAACCAGGAAUAAAAGGUGACAAAGGAUUCCCAGGGCCAAAUGGACCAAAGGGACCCAGAGGACUUCAGGGCAUCGGUGGACCUCCAGGAGAUCCAGGCCCGAAGGGAUUUCAAGGCAAUAAGGGUGAGCCUGGUCCUCCUGGUCCUUAUGGUCCUCCAGGAGCCCCUGGUAUUGGACAGCAAGGCAUUAAGGGGGAAAGAGGUCAGGAAGGAAGAAUUGGGGCUCCAGGACCGAUUGGUGUUGGUGAGCCAGGCCAGACAGGUCCCCGUGGGCCUGAGGGAGCCCCAGGAGAGAGGGGCUUACCAGGAGAAGGAUUUCCAGGACCCAAGGGUGAAAAAGGCUCUGAAGGACCAGUUGGCCCACAAGGAUUACAAGGCCUGUCAAUCAAAGGGGACAAGGGGGAUUUGGGACCUGUGGGACCCCAAGGACCAAUGGGCAUCCCUGGAAUCGGGAGUCAAGGGGAACAGGGAAUCCAAGGUCCCAUUGGUCCACCUGGUCCACAAGGGCCCCCAGGACAAGGCUUACCUGGUUCCAAGGGAGAAGUAGGGCAGAGAGGACCUACAGGUCCUAGAGGACCAGUGGGAAUUGGAGUACAAGGUCCAAAGGGGGAGCCAGGCUCAACAGGACUCCCGGGACAGCCAGGAGUACCAGGAGAAGAUGGAGCUGCAGGGAAGAAGGGAGAAGCAGGGCUUCCAGGAAUAAGAGGCCCUGAAGGACCACCUGGAAAAGGACAACCUGGCCUCAAGGGUGAUGAAGGAAAAAAAGGGAGCAAAGGAAAUCAGGGACAGAGGGGAUUUCCAGGGCCUGAGGGGCCAAAGGGUGAUCCAGGUAUUAUGGGCCCUUUUGGGAUGCCUGGAACAUCAAUUCCUGGGCCACCUGGGCCAAAGGGAGACAGAGGAGGACCUGGGAUACCUGGAUUUAAAGGAGAACCUGGGAUUGCCAUUCGAGGACCAAAAGGUGCCCCAGGCUCUCAGGGACCAGCGGGCGCUCCAGGACUCAAAGGCGAUGGCUAUCCUGGUGUGCCUGGCCCUCGAGGAUUACCAGGACCCCCUGGACCAAUGGGCUUACGUGGAGUGGGAGACACUGGAGCAAAGGGAGAGCCUGGUGUCAGAGGCCUUCCAGGUCCCACUGGGCCUCGGGGCAUAGGAGCCCCAGGGCCAAAGGGUGAUAUUGGGCAGAAAGGUUUGCCUGGCCUUCCUGGCCCCCCUGGCUACGGAUUACAAGGAAUUAAAGGGGAGCAAGGACCUCAAGGCUUCCCGGGGCCAAAGGGCAUGACAGGCCGUGGCCUCCCUGGUCAGAAGGGAGAGCAUGGAGAACGGGGCGACGUGGGAAAGAAAGGGGAUAAAGGGGAAAUUGGAGAUCCCGGACCUGAAGGAAAACAGGGGUUACCAGGACCAAAAGGAGACCUAGGACUUACAAAAGAAGAAAUUAUCAAACUUAUUUUUGAAAUAUGUGGUUGUGGGCGUAAAUGCAAAGAGACUCCGCUAGAGCUGCUGUUCGUGAUUGACAGCUCAGAAAGCGUGGGGCCGGAGAACUUCCAGAUCAUCAAAAAUUUUGUGAAGACCCUGACUGACCGGGUUGCACUGGACCUCACCACGGCCCGCAUUGGCAUCAUCAACUAUAGCCAUAAGGUGGAGGAGGUGGCCCAUUUGACGCAGUUCUCCAGCAAGGAUGAUCUGAAGCGGGCCGUGGAUGACAUGCAGUACCUGGGGGAAGGCACUUACACGGCCACAGCGCUUCAUGCCGCCAACCGCAUGUUUGAAGCAGCAAGGCCGGGUGUGAAGAAGGUGGCCUUGGUCAUCACUGAUGGACAGACAGAUACCCGUGAUGAAAAGAAUCUGACCAAGGUGGUGAAGAACGCCAGUGACACCAAAGUGGAGAUAUUUGUGAUUGGGGUGGUGAAGAAAAAUGACCCCAACUUCGAGAUGUUCCACAAAGAAAUGAAUCUCAUUGCUACCGACCCGGAUAGCGAGCAUGUUUACCAGUUUGAUGACUUCAUUACCCUUCAAGAUACCCUGAAACAGAAAUUGUUUAAAAAGAGUUGUGAGGAUUUUGAGUCCUACAUCUCUCAAGUUUUGGGUUCCCCAUCGCUUCAACCCGGAUUGGGGAUAUCAGGGGAAGAACUCGGUGAAUCCACUCCAGAGCCCCAGGAAGAGAUUUCUGAGUCUGUCAGUGUCCCUGGAGCCCAGGACAAAGAGAAUGAGCCUUCAGAGUCUACCUGGGCUGACAGCCUGGCCACCUCUCCUUCACCUGAGGCUGCCACCCGCCAGGGGCCAUGGCUCAGGCCCCCUGAACAUCAGACAGAGACCCUGGAAACCAGAACUCCGAGUCCUGUUUUGAACUUAGAGCCAGAAAAGUUGGCGCACAAAGAUCCUAGAUGUUUGGAACCUCUACAGCCAGGAAACUGUGGCGAAUAUGUGGUUCGAUGGUAUUAUGACAAACAGGUCAACUCCUGUGCCCGCUUUUGGUUCAGUGGCUGUAAUGGCUCAGGAAAUAGAUUCAACAGUGAAAAGGAAUGUCUGGAAACCUGCAUUCAAGGAUGAGCAAGACUGGGACCCUCAUUCAAGUUUGGGGGUACACAAAAGAGCACCCAAGGAAGGAGGAGCUGGCAGAACAACCACCUUAGAAAAACAAUUUUGUACAGUUUAUGUUUUUAAUGUGUAAUAUUUGAUACAACCAAAUAAUAUAUGCAAUAUACUUGUAACUUAAAAAACAUGAUGGUAAGAUGGGCACCAGUGAACACGUCACAUGGAGAAUAAACCAAACAUGGCCAGUUCUUUUAAAGAUUCCUGUAUGCCUUCCACCUUCCCAACCCCCUGCUUUCUGCCAGGGAUAUCUCAUUGUGAAUUCUGUGCUUACCAUUUCAAUUUGCUAUUGGUUUUAAUAUGUAUUUUUACAUGUAAAACCACAUGUAUCUCUAUGCAUCUUUAAACAAUACAUAGUCUUGUUUAUUCUAGAGCUUUAUAAAAAUGGUGUCAUACUCAAGUCUUCUGCAAUUUGCCACUUUUAUUCAAUAUUAUAAUUCCCAGGUUUUACUAUAUCUAAAUGUAUUCCUAAAUAAUGUAUUAUUUGGGUUUUUCUGAGCUUUAAAAAAUUGGUUUCAUAAUACAUAAGUCCUUGCCACCUGCUAUGUUAUUACAUUGCAAUUCAUACAUGCUCAUUUACUUUCACAGUUGUAUAACACUGGCAUGAAUAUAUCACAGCAUAUUUAACCAUUGCCUCGUCUAUGUUAAAUUGUUUCUAUUUAAUUUUUUUCACUAUUCCAUCAGUGUUGCUAUGAAUGCUCUUACACACGGCUUUGGGUGCACAUGCACUAGUGUUUUUCUAGCAUAUAUAUGCCAGGAGUUGCUGGGUUGUAGGAUAUGUAAAUUUUCAAAAAUAACGUGUCAUACCAAAUUUUUUCCCAAAGUAUUUGAAUUCAUUAUAAAUUCCCACCAGUUGUGUAUAAGAGUUUCUAUUGCUUGACAUUCUUUUCAACACAGUAUUGUCAGACUUCUUCAUUUUGCUAAUUGUGGAUGUAAAAUGGUAUCUUGUUUUAAUUUGCCUUUCUCUGGUAACAUCUUACCAUAUUUAUUUACCAUCUGUGCUGUUGCUUCUGUGAAAUGUCUGUUUAUAAUUGGGGGCGAGUUUUCUACUGAAUUGCUUGUCUUUGCUUAUUGACUUUCUGGAGUUCCUUAUAUAUUCCGAAAUUGAAUUCUUUACUCAUUGUUUGUGUUGCAAAUAUCUUCGUGGCUUGUCUUUUUACUCUACUCAAUUUUUAAAAAAUGAACAGAAGUUCUCAAUUUGAAUGCACUUUUUUUCCCUUGUUUAUGCCACUCAGCCUCUCAGCUACUUUUCUUGGGUGGGAAACUCGCCCAGGACAAAAAAAAUCCUGAUCUGGUGCUGGGUGUACCUCUCUAGAUACCCAUCUUCAUGCCUGGUAUUUCCUUACGAGCCUAUGAGCACCUUGGUGAUUUCCAGGUGAUUGUUUUCCCUUCGUCUUUUUCAGUUGUCUCAGCAUGAAAGUGGUUCUGUGCUACACAGAUGGCCAUACAGCAUUUGCUGUUGUUGUUGUUGCUGUUGUAGGAUGGAGGGCUUUGGGUAUUUUCUUAUUUCUAGAAGCCCAGAAAUGCAUUGAAAAGCAUAUAUUAGUCACCAUAUGGUUGCUGGAAAGUAGAAAGACCCUUCAGAGUAUCUAACCUGCUAUUUUGCCAGAAGCAGAAGUACUUGUGUUCCUUUUCCAAGCUGUUCACAACUUUACCCAUAUAGAAAACUGAUAUGCAAACAUGCAGUAAUAUUGAGUUGGAUGUUCAUCCUUUUAUCUGAAAUGUGAUUAAUGAAAUCCCAAUGCUCCAGGGACAACCUGCAGGUCUCCUUGUGUGAAGCUUCUGCAUCUCUCUCAUUAAAAAAUAUUAGCGCUCACUUUAUAAAAGUUAUUACAGAAAUAAUUAACUCCUUGGAGGAGAGGAAUAGGCAAAGUUUAGAAAAAAAAUCACACCAGUUUAAAAGAAUAAGAGAAAAGUGAUAUGUCAAUGAGUAAAAACUAUUAUUCUCCCUUCCCCUUUGAGAUUCAGGACACUCCUCCCCUAUCCCCCCAUCAUAAUUAGGAAAAA